AUGUUCGCCUUCAACUUCAUACGCGACUGCCUCUUGGUCUUAUUCCUCUCGCCAUACCACAUUUUGCGCGCAUUCUUCACCGGGAACAAGCGAAUUCCACGGUUGCCUAAGAAGAAAGAGAGAAUGCCGAAAUACUACGACGAUGACGAGGCAUGGGCGGACAUUGAGCCACUCCCGCAAGAUGACGGCGGCUUGCACCCACUCGCGGCGAUUGCAUACACGGAGGAAUACAGCCAGGCCAUGGGAUAUCUGCGCGCAGUCAUGGCGAAGAACGAGUUCAGCGACAGGGUUCUGGCUCUCACAGAGCACAUCAUUAGCAUGAAUCCCAACUACAACAUAUGUACUGACUAUAUCAGGCUGUACCGCGCGAAAACGAUAUCCGAACUCGGCAUCUCGCUCCAGGACGAGAUCGCAUGGCUCAACCCGACUGCCCUCAAGCACCUCAAGAAUUACCAAAUCUGGCACCACCGACACACCAUCAUUGACGCGCUGGGCUCGGUCGAGGGCGAACCAGAGUUUAUAAGUACUAUGUUGGAGCAGGACUCGAAGAACUAUCAUGUCUGGAGCUACAGGCAGUGGCUGGUGAAGAGGUUCGACUUGUUCGACAAGCCUGAAGAGCUGGAGUGGACGGCGGAGAUGAUCGAGGCAGAUGUCAGGAACAAUUCGGCUUGGAAUCAUCGGUACUACCUUGUAGCUGGUGGUCGUGAUGGCAAGCCGAGUGAGGACCUUGCAAAGCGUGAGAUCGAGUAUGUCAAUGUUAGGUACACCAAAGCAGCUAUCCGCAAAGCACCACAGAACCAGAGUCCGUGGAACUAUCUCUCCGGCAUUCUUCGAGUUGCCCAGCUCCCCAAAUCAACUAUCAAGGACUUUGCGCUCGAGUUCGCUGAUCUGGACAGCCCGGACGAGGUCUACUCGAGCCACGCUCUCGACCUGCUAGCUGACAUCUAUGCCGAAGAAGAGAAUAACAAGGACGAAGCCGAGAAAGCGCUCACCCUAUUGGCGACCAAGUAUGACCCCAUCCGGGCAAAUUAUUGGAAUUUCAGAAAAGGCCUCUUGGAACAGCCUAAGGCUGCAGCUUAG